AGUUUUAAAAACUACUGAAUUGAAACCUUAAAAAAAUACAAUUAUUCUAUGCAAAUAUUCUUAAUAAAAUUCUGUUCAAAAAUAACAUGAAUGAUAGUUAUGAUCACAUUAGUCCUGACUUAAUAUAUGUAGUUGAAAAUAUACCAGGACCAGCUGAAGACAAUGUAGAAUAUGAAGAAUUAUUAAACAACUACAAUUCACAACUUUCAUGUAAAUGUGAAUGUACAAGAAAUUGCUUAGACGAGACCUGUUUAUGUAUUUAUAACUCUAGGGGAAGAAAUUAUACAUUCUCAGAUAGUAACAACUUAAAAACUUACAAAAUUAUUGACUACAAGAAUGACAAGACAAUAUUUGAGUGUAAUGAUUUAUGUUCAUGUAACAGUUACUGUGGAAAUAAAUUAGUACAAGUAGGCCCUCUCGAAGGCUUGAUUGUUAAACCCUGCGAUAUUAAAGAAAAAGGUUUUGGUUUGUUCACAAAACACCCUAUAAACAAAGGUUCAUACAUAUGUGAGUAUGCUGGAGAAAUUAUAACAAAAUCACAAGCCCUUAAGAGGCAUCAAAUGAAUAUAAUGAACAUGAAAAUGAAUUUUAUAUUUUGUUUAAAUGAACAUUCCAAUGGGAAGGUAACACAGACUUUUGUUGAUCCAUCUACCUUUGGUAGUAUUGGCCGUUAUAUAAAUCAUAGUUGUGAACCAAAUUGUUUUAUUCUACCCGUCAGAGUUAACACUCCAUUACCAAAACUCGCUAUAUUUAGUCUUACAGAAAUUACACAUAAUCAUGAAAUAACAAUAGACUAUGGCUCAAAAUCUUACAAUGGUCUAAAUAUUGAAGUCAAUGUAGAAUAUGGUAGAAAAGGGUGUUUGUGCAACAGUGACAAUUGCAAGGGCAAUUUGCCAUUUGAUUUUUAUUGAAUACAAAUAAUAAUUAUAAA